CGAAAAGAAUGGUAGGGGUUCCAGUUCAUGAUUCUUAAAUACUUUCAAAAAAUGCUACUUUUGUGUGUACCGAGAGAUGAACAUAGUUUAAUGGUCGUUCAUACAUAAAGUAGAAGUAAUCUUGGCUGGUAAACGUUGGUAUUCCGCAUUUUCUCUUUGGUGAAGUGUGGAAAGGUAUACCGGAAGUCAUGUAAUGUUUGGAAAGUGACCGAUCAUCCAAAUGAAAGAUACAUUAUAGAGGUAAGUCAACGAAAUACGUAUUAUAUAGCCCUGUAGUGGCUAAAUAAGAUCGGUAUAUGGUGUAAUUACAACCAUUUGUAUUAGUACAGUUGCAGGUCGCUUAAUAUAACUUGUUUUCGAUGUGGCACAUCGGCAAAGCACAGCCAGAUAGUCCAGUUUUGGUCCAAUUUUCUCGUGGUUGGUCUCUCAAAACAGUAAUAGGAGUUUGCGCCGUUCUUACAAUGUUCUCUUCCUAAAUUAAUUAUGUUGUUUAAAUAUACUGCACUUGUCACACAUUAGUCAGUCCCCAUGUAAUUUAGUUGUCUUUUCAUAAAUAGGCCUGCUGCUGUCAUGUUUCCCCGCUAUCUAAAUAACCCUCAAAUUCUAUCCAGGGGGCCCAUGGCAAUGCAUUUCAACAAUUAAAUGAUACAAUUUCAAUGAGAGGCAGUCAAUUGAUUGUUUGUAAAUAGUAUGCUCAGUUCUUCUGUUUUAUGUCUUUUUUCUAGUUGUUUUGAUGGUCAUAAUUCCCUGGGUCACCUGAAGACUGCUCUUAAAAGCAUGGAAAUGUUGUCCAGUCACAGUGCUUACCUUCUCCAGCAGUUACAGGAGCAGAGGAUACAGGGGCUACUCUGUGACUGCAUGCUAGUAGUCAAAGGAGUAUGCUUCAAAGCCCACAAAAAUGUACUGGCUGCAUUUAGCUCCUAUUUCAGGUGUGUCAUUAAUAAUAACCAUCCACAAGUCAUGUAGUGAAUAUAUUCAUGAAUAUUGCCAUACUAGAUGAAUACCUUGAUUCUUAGGAUUUUGUUUUCCCCUUUCUACUACUGCUAUUAAACGAAACAGACAUGAAAUGGGGAUUCAACUGACGCAUGCUUUGUGUUCUCAUAUUAUACCUUGGUAGAUCUCCACAUGUAGAGCUCCACUUGUCUAAAUCAGCAAUGUGUCGACAUUGUAAAAUAACCUUUUUACUUUUGUCACUGCAGGUCUUUGUUCCAAAAUUCACCAAGUCAGAAAAAUGACGUUUUUCAACUGGUCAUUCAGGAUGUGGGAGGUAUAGGCCAGAUACUGGACUACAUGUACACCUCCCAUCUGGACGUCAACCAAGACAAUGUACAAGCUCUGUUGGACAUCGCCCAGUGCUUGCAGGUCCCAAACGUACAGAGCAUGUGCAACACUUUCCUGAAACCCUGCGCUCCUGCCGUGGAGGCCCCUUCUUUCCCAUUGUCUGGUGUCCUGACCUCGGAACACGACUACCUCCUCGGGAAUGGCCUUGCCCAAGACGUGGACCUUCAUUGCCCUUCUUCGGUAGGCCAGAGGGCUGCCUUUGGCAGUGGGGCACCAAUGUCUCAUGGUGGGAACGCUACCUCUGAGACUACAGCCAGUACCCAGCCAGUCCCAGAGAAGCAGCUAGUACACGGCUACAAGCUACGCAACUUCUACAGCAAGCAAUACUUCAAGCAGAGUGCUGCUGCUGAGACUAGCAAUGCAGCGUUAAACCAAGGCCCAAGCCCCCUGGUGCUGGUUGAAGAGCAGCAGUUCCAAUUUGGGGUCACACAACAAUGCGCGAAUGCCCCUGUAUAUUCAGGCAAUGCGGUUCAGUCAAACCCACCCUGUCCUCAGACUAUGCCAGUUGAGAAGGAGUUUGGUUCAACGUUGCCUGCUGAAGACUUAUCAACCACAGCCAACUCAGGUGGAAAGGUCUCCCCUGUCAACAAGCCCAUGCGGCCAAAGAAGGCUGUCUACCUGAAGAAAUACAACUACCUGCGCCCUCAGAAGGCUCUAGAAGAGAUGUGCCUUGAGCAGAGCAGCGGACCAGUCAACCACUGCCCAAAGGAGACUCACCAAGAGGAGGUAGUGGUCCAGAGUGAGACACCUGAAGCUCCCGUAGACUGCCUACCUCCCGUAGACUGCCUGGCCAGAGACAGUGAAGUGGUGUUGGAGACCACGAUGGAUUCUCAACUUCCAAGUCCCCCACCUGUUGAGCAAGAGGAGGAACCUGACCCACCAACCAUCAGUGAUCCAACAGAACCAACUGGGCAUAAGGUGCAGUACUGCUGUGAGAUGUGCGGGAAGACCUUCAAACACCCAAGCAACCUGGAACUUCACAAGCGCUCACACACUGGUAGUUUGUUAAUUUCACUAUUGUGUCAUUACUGAUUUUUGGAGCUGUAAAAUGUGUGGAAAAAUGCAAAAAUAAAUGUUAUAUGCUGACUUUUUGUAAGGUGAUACAAUUGUUUUGGUUUUUGUUCUCACAGGGGAGAAACCAUUCCAGUGUAAUGUUUGCAGGAAAAACUUUUCACAGGUAAGGGUGCACAGUUGUCCUUUGUUUAAUGAAUUUAUGUUUAGUGUGUCCACUAGGCAAAUAGGGAGGUUUACAUGAAUGCUGCUGACUGACCUUUUUGCUGAUAUAUCUUUCAAUAGGCAGGUAAUUUGCAGACCCAUUUACGACGCCAUUCUGGAGAAAAACCAUACAUCUGUGAACUCUGUGGGAAAAGGUAAACACUUAUUUAGAUUUUUAAAAAAUCGGUUUAGAAAAGUUUACCAUAUUGAGUGAUCUGUCACCAUACUUACUGCUGGAAUGGACAGCUAUAAAUCUGUGGUCUCCAACUCUGGUCCUGGUGAGUUACUGGGUGGGCAGGCUUUUGUUCUAGCCCAGCAGUUGGAGAACCUUGCUCUAGAUAGCACUGUGGAGGGCACUACAAAUACAUAACACAUUUACAAACAAUGCAUUAGACCUAAGCAGUAACAGAACAAUCAUGAAUGUGCAUGUGCCACAACAGUCUAGAUAACAAUGGAUGUGAGUCAUGACAUGGACUUAGCCAUCUAAUAUGGUGUGUUUUGUGUUAUGCUGACAACUUCUCCAUCCCUCACUGUGGCAUCUCCCAGCUUUGCUGCCUCAGGGGAUGUCCAGCGUCACAUUGUGAUCCACACGGGAGAGCGGCCACACCUGUGUGACAUAUGUGGACGUGGUGAGUGCUACAACCAACAAAUUACUUAUCCCAGUAUGGAUUCCUGGCACACUAUACACAUCUAUUCUCAGAUGUUAUAGUGUGCGUUUUAAAGUGGACAGUAUAUCAUGUUUGAGAAAUCAAACAUCAAUUAAUAAUUGUAACAUUUUACAACAAGGCCUGCUAUAUAUAAGCAUUUAAAAAUGUAAAGAAACAACUAUUAAACAUGUUUAUAAUAGUGAUGGGAAGUUUGGCUAAUUUUGCUGACUAAUCUUUUCGACUCGUUCAGUCAAAAGAAGAAAUCUUUUGACUAAUUUUGUUCAUUUGUGUUAAUAAUGGCCAGAGCACGCUGGACCCCCUACUGGCGAACGAUGAACUGAAAACUCAAAGGAGUCAUGAUUCUACAAGCCUGUCUUGUUCACAUGUCGUUCACCAUAGGGGGCUUAGUAUAAUUUGUGACUGAGACUUAUAAACGUGCUUUAAACAAUGUACAUUUGUUGAUUGCUAGGCAUACAAAUAAGAUUAUUUCUUGAUAUAUUUGAAACAAAGUCUAGUUGUGGCCACAACCAGACUAGAUUGUGAACGACUCUUGGCGGAAUUGAUAAGCACAAUGUCAUUCGGAAACUGCAGCCCCCAAACAAAUUUUUUUCUCGAGUUCAAAUUUGUUGACCAGAGGCUGUGUAUGUUUUGGUUCUACAAAGCUGUGUCCAUCAUAACAUUCAAUAAUAAAUUAAUUGCAUUCAUUCUUGCAUCAUGCAAUCUAUUAUCAGUUCUAAACAUGUAUUUUUCUUCUCUAUGCUCAUGAUCUAUUUUCCUGCAUGCAUAUUUGACAGACAGUUGGUGGUCGGAGCACGUCUCUGGAGCCGCUGAGCGGGAGGAGCAUGUAUUAAUCCUGCUGUAAGACUCAUUGCGGCCAACACUAGCAGGUCAAACAAACGACUAAAAUAAACGAGUCACUCAGAAAAAAACGAAUCAUGACUCUUGAGUCAGUAAAAAGAGUCGUUCAAAAAGAAUGAAUAGUUUGCGAACUGCACCUCACUAGUUUUAUAAACAUGCAUUUAUUAUGGAUUAUUCAUGUCUAUCUAUCUAUCUACAGUGCCUUGCAAAAGUAUUCAUCCCCCUUGGCGUUUUCCUAUUUUGUUGCAUUAAAACCUGUAAUUUAAAUGGAUUUUUAUUUGGAUUUCAUGUAAUGGACAUACACAAAAUAGUCCAAAUUGGUGAAGUGAAAUGAAAAAAAUUCGAAAAAAUAAAUAACAGAAAAAUGGUGCAUGCAUAUGUAUUCACCCCCUUUGCUAUGAAGAUCCUAAAUAAGAUCUGGUGCAACCAAUUUACCUUCAGAAGUCACAUAAUUAGUUAGAUUGCACACAGGUGGACUUUAUUUAAGUCACAUGAUCUGUCACAUGAUCUCAGUAUAUAUACACCUGUUCUGAAAGGCCCCAGAGUCUGCAACACCACUAAGCAAGCGGCACCACCAAGCAAACGGCACCAUGAAGACCAAAGAGCUCUCCAAACAGGUCAGGGACAAAGUUGUGGAGAAGUACAGAUCAGGGUUGGGUUAUAAAAAAAUAUCAAAAACUUUGAACAUCCCACGGAGCACCAUUAAAUCCAUUAUUAAAAAAUGGAAAGAAUAUGGCACCACAACAAACCUGCCAAGAGAGGGCCCCCAUCCAAAACUCACAGACCAGGCAAGGAGGGCAUUAAUCAGAUAGGCAACAAAGAGACCAAAGAUAACCCUGAAGGAGCUGCAAAGCUCCACAGCGGAGAUUGGAGUAUCUGUCCAUAGGACCGCUUUAAGCCGUGCACUCCACAGAGCUGGGCUUUAUGGAAGAGUGGCCAGAAAAAAAGCCAUUGCUUAAAGAAAGAAAUAAGCAAACACGUUUGGUGUUUGCCAAAAGGCAUGUGGGAGACUCCCCAAACAUAUGGAGAAGGUACUCUGGUCAGAUGAGACUAAAAUUGAGCUUUUUGGCCAUCAAGGAAAACACAAUGUCUGGCGCACACCCAACACCUCUCAUCACCCUGAGAACACCAUCCCCACAGUGAAGCAUGGUGGUGGCAGCAUCAUGCUGUGGGGAUGUUUUUCAUCGACUAGGAAACUGGUCAGAAUUGAAGGAAUGAUGGAUGGCGCUAAAUACAGGGAAAUUCUUGAGAGAAACCUGUUUCAGUUCUCGAGAGAUUUGAGACUGGGACGGAGGUUCACCUUCCAGCAGGACAAUGACCCUAAGCAUACUGCUAAAGCAACACUCGAGUGGUUUCAGGGGAAAUGUCUUGGAAUGGCCUAGCUUAUAGAUAGACAUACCCCAAGAGACUUGCAGCUGUAAUUGCUGCAAAAGGUGGCUCUACAAAGUAUUGACUUUAGGGGGGGUGAAUAGCUAUGCACGCUCAAGUUUUCUUUUUUUGGUCUUAUUUCUUGUUUGUUUCACAAGAAAAAAUAUUUUGCAUCUUCAAAGUGGUAGGCAUGUUAUGUAAAUCAAAUUAUACAAACCCCAAAAAAUCAAUUUUAAUUGCAGGUUGUAAGGCAACAAAAUAGGAAAAAUGCCAAUAGGGGUGAAUACUUUCGCAAGCCACUGUAUCUAUCCUAUCUAUCUAUCUAUUAUUAAGUGUUACCAAGUCCUCAUUGAAUGCAUAUUCUAUCCUUCCUUACUCAGGGUUCAGCAACAUCAGCAACCUGAAGGAGCACAAGAAGACUCACACCACAGACAGAGAGUUCACCUGUGACCAGUGUGGCAAGUCCUUCAACAUGCACAGGAAGCUGCUGAAGCACAAGAUCAGACACUCCGGGGAGAAACCACACACCUGCCAGACCUGUGGUGCGUAUCAACCUGUAUCUAUGAUUAUGGUGUCCAAAUUAGGACAGCCUCUGAGGGGACAGACUCUGAGGCUGUCCUAAUAUGGAUACUGUAUUUUAUAGAUACAGACAUGAAGACCACAAGAACAGUUUUGGAGGAAAAAAAAGUCAGUAUCUCUGAAUGUAUUUUUCCAAAUUCAGGCAACAGUAUCUUUUUCUGCAUGAAGGCAGUUGUUGAGAGCACAAUGUCAAUGCCUGGUUGAUUGUACAUGUGUUGGUUGGGUACAUAUCAUGAUAACUCAUAUCUAACCGUACCGCAGGGAAGAGCUUUGCCGGGUCGGGCGACCUGCGUCGCCACGUGAGAACGCACACGGGGGAGAGACCCUACCUCUGCAACACCUGCGGCAAGAGCUUCACCCGCUCGGCUGUCCUGAGGAGACACUGCAGCAUGCACUGCAAGGCCACGCCCGAUGACGCCAGCCCUGACGUAGAGGACCCAGAGCAGCCUGGCAGUAGCAGCACUGACAGAGGAGGAGGAGGCACAUUCCACAAGCCUGUCAGCCACAGUAAAGCCCCUGUGCCCAGGCAGCCACCACCACCCUCCACUAACGUGAUGGAGCUCGAAAAGCCUUCGCCCCCACCAGCACAUCCAGAAGCUCCGUCGACUAGCAUCCACCUCAGCCCAUCUACCUCAACGUCCUUCCCCGAGUUACGCUCCAUCGUGCCCCAGCACCUCCUCCCCUCCACCCCCUCCCAGCAGCAGGAGAAGUGCCCUCCUCUAGCAGACUCCCUGAAACUGGGCAAAGCUCACCUACCUCAGGAGGCCCUUGUGUUUGGCCCCUAUGUGGAGAACGGGCAGGUGGGUGUGGAGAUACAACAGCAGGGGUCUGGGGCCUCGGUGGUGGCCCGGCCGUACCUCUCGGCCCCAGACAGUUACUGUGGGGCCCUCCCAGGGGCUAGCCGCCCCAGCGGUACCCCCUACAGGGCAAGCGAGGGACCCUUCUUUUCCAGUGUAACACUAUGGGGGCUGGCCAUGAAAACACUGCAGAAUGACAAUGACCUGGAGCAGUGAAAGCUGCAGCAAGUAGAGUGUGUCUAAUGUGGCUUCCUUUCCUCGUCUCAUCUCCUUUGUCAGCACUGAUUUGAAGACACUGUUGUAGGGCAAAACCACAUGACGAUACCUACUGGUGAUCAUCUUUCAUCUGUUCAGUUAUUUCACAUCAUUGUAGAUGAAGGGAAGGGGAUGAGGAAAGGAGGUAACUUUAGUCUAUUCAGAACUGGCUAUAGAGUUCCCUUAUGAAGGAAGACAGCUGAGCACUAUGAUAUUAUCUAACUUCAAUUAAUACAAUAUAACUCAGGUAUUUCCUUUAUAGGAUAUAUUGUUUUUAGAACAAUUUGUUAUAAAGAUGGCAAAUGUAUAUUCUUUAUGGAUAAUUAUGCACUAUGUUAUGAAAUAAAAGAUGCCAAAUAUAUUGUUUUGUUUGUUUUU